AUGGAUGAAGCCUGUGCCACACCAUCAUCAAAUUCGACGAUAGAUUCAGUUCCUGCGUCACCGUCAGAAGUCAAGCGAUUGUCACCAGUCAAGACAGGGAUCUCCCUCCUUGGACUCUCAGAUCUUGAAUUCCGCCUCUUCGAUCACUAUUGCAGCUCUGUAGCCCCAAUCAUCUCGGCCCAUGACCAUUUGCGGCAGAUGUGGCAGCAUGAGAUUCCCCAGCAAGCCAAAGCUCAUCCGUACCUCAUGCAUAGUAUGUUAUCGAUAAGUGCUUCCCAUCUCUGCGGCGCAUAUGCCAAGCAGCCCCUAGAACAGCAACCGCAGAAAAUACUAGAUGUCUCCCCUGUUAUUGGAGAAUCGAUCCUCAAAACCAGCUUCUACCAUGACUCUUUUGAUCGAACGGAGCGGCAGAUGCAGCAAAGCCAUCUAUACGAAUGCCAUUCUUUGGAACAACAACGCCUGGCCUUCCAAGCCUACAUCCCUAGUCUCUGUACCCUAAACGUGGAGAAUCAGGAAGCUCUUUGUGCUGCCUCGGCCCUCUUGUCACUCAAUGCCCUAGCUUCGACACAAAAUCGUUACUGUGCGGCAACUUAUCAGUCUCGGCACCCAUCGCCCAUCGACGACUGGUUGGAGAUUUCUGUCCUGGUUCGGGGUGUCAACUCAGUUGUCCAGAACGCUGGCGCCACCAUAAUGGAUGGCUUUUUACAGCCUAUGCUCUGCCAUCGACGCGUCGAAGGUACCGAAAGCGACAUCGAAAGUCAAAUCAAGCAAGCCGUCUCACCGCAGGUCUUAUCAGCACUUGAUGCCCUUGCACUAGCGAUUGACCAACAUACAGCCUUAAGUGUCGACAAGAUGAUACUUCAUGCGGCUCUGAAAUUUCUCAAAACGUCAUUUGCUAUCGUGGCAGUGAAUGCUGAUCAUGAGAGUAUCGUGAUGGUCUGGAGUAACCUGUUAGACGAUCAAUUCUUCCCACUGGUAAAGAGGAGAGAGCCAAUGGCUUUGAUCCUGCUUGCAUACUGGACUGUAUUGUUCGGAACGUUCCAGGAGAGGUGGUGGAUAGGUGGACUGGGUAUCGCGAUUCUGAGGCACAUUGUUGAAUUCCUCGCGCAACCUGAAGACGGGAAUGUUUGUGUGCAAGAGGGAGAGUAUACGUUGACGUAUCAUUCUUUGAAGCAACAUUCGGACGGUGCGAGUGAUCUGGGAGCGGGCAAGGCAAAGUGGAGAGAACUUCUACAGUGGCCUUGCCGCCAGAGUGGCUUUCGUGAACUUUGA